ACAAAAAAGGGGAAAAAUACAACCCCUGAAACCAAACAUUGCUCAACAAUCUCACCUCAAUUUGGUUGAAAAACCAAGCAAAAAACCAACAGAGUAUAAUACAAAACAGGGGCGAUCCUGGGAAUCAAGAACACAAGACAGGACAAUGGCGCGAAGAUUGAAUAUGUUAUUUCUCGCGACAAUAGCCUUGGCGGCUUUCUUACAGAACUCGGCUGCUCAGAGCACUUAUAACGUCGGAGAUGCUUUAGGGUGGACAGUCCCUUCAAACGGUGCCGUGUUUUACAGUACAUGGGCAGGAAAUAAAACUUUCAGAGUCGGUGACACUCUCGUUUUUAAUUUUGCCAGCGGAAGUCACAACGUCGCCGGAGUGUUAAAGGCAGAUUUUGAUGCCUGCAACACUGCAAAUACCCAGUUUGUGAACAGGACUGGACCCGCAAAUAUUGUCCUGAAUUCCACUGGCGAACGUUAUUACAUCUGCACUUUCUCUGGCCACUGCAGCGCCGGUCAGAAAUUGGCGAUCAACGUCAGCCCUGCGACUCCAUCUCCUGCCCCUACUCCUACUCCUACUCCUACUCCCCCUGAACAUUAUUCAUUUUUAUGCAGUGUGUUUAUUUUAGAUUCAGAGUUCUCCGAAUGAAAUUAAUAAAGCUGUCUCUGGCACCAUUACAGCCUCCUUACUACAAACAAACGUUUCAAGAUGAUUAUUGCUGAAUUUGGUGUUUGUUUGUUGAAGAAAGAUAAAAGGUAAAGACAUUAUGGACUAAAAUUUGAAAUCAAUAAAAUUGCAUGAAUUAU